AAGAAAACGAACCUUGGCAGUGUAAGCUUAGGCUAACAGGUUCCAUUAUGUUAGCUUAAUUGUAGGAUGUGCUUUACGUUCAAAUUUAGGCAAAGUCAAUAUAGGUAGGCCUAGCUUCUCAUUUUAGCCUAUUCAGCAAAUGUUAACAUUUUUAAAAGAAAUGUCUCAAAACAACCGAGGUAGGUAGUUGGCCCAAUGUUAUGUAAUAACUAAACCUCCUGGAUAAUUAAGAUUCUGGAUUAAAUGUCUUGUCACGAGUAUUCGUGUCAGUAGGCUAUGAUUAAACAGGACACAAGAUCAAUAAGUAGGCCUUUCAUAAAUGGUCAGGUGUGUUCAAAAUAAGUAAUGUUUAUGGUAAGGUUUGAGCUGGAAUUAUGCUUAAUUGCUGGGUGUCACUACUUCACCUCGCUCUGUUGUUUAAAACUAGGAAGGAGACAGAAAGAAUGUUUAGCAAAAAUGAGCGUUUACACCGUGCUGUGAACACUCCCCCAAAUACCUAGCUGUUGAUUUCAAAACGCAGGAAAACGUUGCGCAUCUUGAAUACGGUGCCGUGCACGAGGGCGGGUUUACGCAAGAAUCGUGGAAUCCUGACCAACCGCGGAGACGCAUUAUGUGGGCGAGGGUUGAAAAAAACACAUCUGAUCUUUUUAUGCAUUUUUUCACUCCGAGUGCGAGAGAGAUGGGCGUGACAACGGGCUGUCUGGACCACGAUUAGUCUCCUAGAGGAGUAGCUUACCAUCGCACAUCCGUGCAGCCGAUGACAACGGAGAGGCGAUGCGACCCGCUGGGUGUAAUGACCGUGCCAUAAAACUUAUCUUCGUGGGUUAUGGUUCUACCGCACAACGCCCUGGUUUGAGGCCGCACGGGGAUUGACAGUACAAGGGAAUCUACGUCAAAGGGUCCUCCAUCGCAAACAUCAGCGGCACUGCGUCCCCAGUGAGUGCAGUGGGGAUGGUUUUGGAGGGGAGCUCCGAGGCCCUGUGUCCCCCUCCGUCUCUGGAGUUGCGGCCGUCCUGCAACAAGAGCCAGGCCUCGCCCCCGCUGGGCUCCGGCUCCCAGCCCCACGACAGCCUCUUCCCCGGGGACAAGGAGCCCGUCAAGUACGGGGAACUCAUCGUCCUGGGGCACAAUGGGUCGCUGGCCAAUGGGGACAAGGGUCGCCGCAGGAGUCGGCUGGCCCUCUACAAGCGCCCCAAAGCCAACGGUGUCAAACCGGACGUCAUCCACAACGUCUCCACUCCUCUGGUGUCAAAGGCCCUUAGCAACAAAAGCCAGCACAGUAUCUCCUACACAUUAUCCAGGAGUCAGUCGGUGAUCGUGGAGUACACGCAUGACUCCAACACAGACAUGUUCCAGAUCGGGCGUUCCACAGAGAGCAUGAUCGACUUUGUGGUGACAGACACAGUCGGGAGUGGAGGAGGAGGAGGAGGAGGAGGAGGAGGAGGUGGUGGGGGUCAGGGAGCAGCGGUUGAGGGUGGAGGAGGCGGUGGAGGAGGCAACGGCCAGUCGGCCCAGAGCACCAUCUCACGCUACGCCUGCCGCAUCAUGUGUGAGCGUAGCGCCCCCUACACGGCGCGCAUCUACGCCGCCGGCUUCGACUCCUCCAAGAACAUCUUCCUCGGGGAGAGAGCUGCCAAAUGGCGAACGUCUGACGGCCUGAUGGACGGCCUGACGACCAACGGGGUCCUGGUGAUGCACCCGGCUGGCGAGUUCGUGUCAGAGCCGGCGCCUGGCGUGUGGCGGGAGAUCUCCGUGUGCGGGAACGUCUUCGCCCUCCGAGAGACGCGCUCUGCUCAGCAGCGGGGAAAGCUGGUGGAGAACGAGUCCAACACGCUGCAGGACGGCUCUCUGAUCGACCUGUGCGGCGCCACGCUGCUGUGGCGGACGCCGGCAGGCCUGCGCCACACGCCCACGCUCAAGCAGCUGGAGUCGCUGCGGCAGGAGCUGAACGCGGCGCGGCCGCAGUGCCCCGUGGGCUUCAACACGCUGGCCUUCCCCAGCCUGGCCCUGGCGCAGCGCGCCACCGUGGACAAGAAGCAGCCCUGGGUCUACAUGAACUGCGGCCACGUGCACGGCUACCACAACUGGGGCUUCCGCAAGGAGAAGGGCGCCUCGUCCGCCGGGGGAGGGGGAGGGUUUCACGGCGGGGGCGGGAUCGGCGGGAUCGGGGGGCUGGGCGGGGGUGGGGGCGGGGGCGGUGGCGCGGUCGGGGGAGCGGGGACGGCGCCCGUGGGCACGGGCGAGCGCGAGUGCCCCAUGUGCCGGCGCGUGGGCCCCUACGUGCCGCUGUGGAUGGGCUGCGAAGGCGGCCUGUACCUGGACGCGGGGCCGCCCACGCACGCCUUCUGCCCGUGCGGCCACGUGUGCUCGGAGAAGACGGCGGCGGGCUGGAGCCAGAUCCCGCUGCCCCACGGCACGCACGCCUUCCACGCCGCCUGCCCCUUCUGCGGCACCUGGCUGACCGGCGAGCACGGCCACGUCCGGCUCAUCUUUCAGGGGCCUGUCGAUUGAAAGGCAACCCACCCGCCCACGUCCCCCCUCCCAAUACCCCCCAACCCCCACCCGACACACGACCACCCUCUACCCUUACCAGCCCUCUGACCCCCAGCGCUUUCUCAACCCCCCGCCCCCCGCCCCCCAACCCCCUCAGUGACAUACUGCAAAUGACAAGGGGAGGGGACACGGUGGCAGAGGGAUUUCAAAACAUGCAAUGUUGGAGGAAAAGGAGGAAAAGGACAAAAGAUGGACAGGCUCAGAGUGCUGGACAAUGGAGACCGUCUCAUCGGCAUGGACUCGAUGAACUGAAGUAAUAGAAGGAACAGGGUGAGCAGAAAGGUGUUUUGAGAGGGAAAUCUGUAAAUAAAGUGGUAAAAUGGAAAA